AUGGAGAGCGGGUCCACAGAACAAACACCCAGGAGUUUAAUGGAGCUCUCAAUCCGAUCCAAACUUUCCGGACCCGACCAAAUCAUCGCCAUUGCUGAUGUUCUUGCCGCCAAAUGCUGCCUCCCCAACAACCGCCCUGACUAUUACUCGAUCCUUCAGAUACCCCGCACCGGGUCGGAUAUCCGAUCCGUUGCUUUUGCUCAGUUCAACAAACUGAUAACUCUCUUAAACCCUCGCGCGAGCAAAUUCCCUCUCUCUAAGGAUGCAUUCAAUCUUGUUUUGGAUGCAUGGAAGGUGUUAUCGGAUCCAGAAAAGAAGACCGUAUACGAUGCUGAGAUUAGCAAUGGCAGCAAGGAACCGCGCGGGGGAAAAGUGGCAGGGAGCGACGAAAGUGGGACCGAGAGUGUACCUCGAGUGGAAAACCAGUACGAUGAGAACCCCUUAAAUGGCGAAAGGAGCGAGGAGAAGCAAAAACAUAGCGUUGAAAAGGAGAAUGCCACUUUUUGGACUUUCUGUCCUUACUGUUACUGCAUGUUCGAGUACGAGAAGGUGUACGAGGAUUGUUCCUUGCGGUGUCAGAAUUGCAAGAGGGCAUUUCAUGGCUUGGAGGUGCCACCAUUGCCGCAGGAUGUGAGGGUGGAGGGAAGGGAUGAAUACCAUUGUGCGGUAGGGUUUUUUCCGAUGCUUCUUCCUCGGGAUGGUUUCUUUAUUGAAAACAAAGGUAAGGGUGGGACUAGGAACGAUAGGAUGGAUAAUGUUGGGGUCAUUUCUGACGAUAGUGAUGACGGAGAGGAGAGAAUAAAUGUGAAGAAACGCAAAAUUUUUGCAACUGGUAAGAAGGUAGAAGAAGAAGCAGUGAAGAGAGAGGGAAAGGGAAGUGGGACAAAAUUGAAUGGUAUUGAAGCUGCGAAUGCUAGCAAGGCACAGGAGACACAGAAGGAGAGGGGAAAGAAAGCGGCUGUGAGGAGGGAAAAGGGGACGAGGCACAUGAAGACUGCAUCCGUAGCUGGUGGACAAGAGGGUCUGGAUGUGGAGGAAUGUAGGAUAGAAAGCAAUAUUAUCUUAAUAUCUUCUGAAGAUGAGUUAGAGGUCUCUGAAGGAGAUUAUGAUGACAUCUUUGAUAGUUUGAAGGCAUUUUGA